ACGAUGUUUAGCAAUCGUCGAUCGUAAAGUCUCGUAAGAUUUUCUGAAAAACCGUAGUAAUGUCACAUUCGAGUGGAAAUAUUGUAAAUUGCGCGUAAGCAUCGAUGGCAGUAUGAUCGGCGACACAAUUAAUUAGCAACAUUUUUCAGUGUCCGUGAUCAAUACUAGUGGACAAUGAUGAAAAUCGGCUUUGUUGGUGGUGGGAAAAUGGCUCAAGCCCUGGCCAAAGGCUUCAUCAAAGCAGGCUUAUCGAAAGGAGAAAUGAUGCUUGCUAGUUGCCUUCCAACCGACGAAAUCAGCAUAAAAGGAUUCCAGGAAUUAGGAUCAAAAACAGUCUUCUCAAAUCCAGAAGUGGCUAAAUACGGCGACAUAUUGGUUUUGGCUGUAAAACCACAAAUCGUGCCACUAAUUUUACCAGAACUGAAGGAGUGCUUUCGAAGCAAAAAGAAGCUGCUCCUAUCUAUAGCAAUGGGAGUCUCUUUAAAAACAUUAGAAAAUAGCCUACCGGAGGGCACGCCAAUCGUCAGGGUCAUGCCGAACAUACCGGCGGUGGUGGGUUGCGGCGCGACGGUCUACGUACGGGGCAAACACGCCAGCGAAAAGGACGCGGAGAUCGCCAGGAGGCUCUUCUCCGCGGUUGGCCUCUGCGAGGAGGUACCCGAGAGCAUGAUCGACCCGAUCACGGCCCUCGCCGGCUCAGGACCCGCUUACAUUUACAUGGUAAUUGAAGCAAUGGCCGACGGUGCUGUGAAGAUGGGACUACCGAGAGACCUCGCCUACAAGUUGGCAUCCCAAACUGUCCUGGGCGCCGGUACGAUGGUUCGAGAGACAAACAUUCAUCCAGGCCAAUUAAAGGACGACGUUUCCUCACCUGCAGGCUCAACGAUAUCAGCGAUUCACAGUUUAGAAAAAAAUGGUUUCCGAGCAGCUCUGAUGGACGCUGUCGAAACAGCUACGCUCAGAUGCCAAGAAUUUUCAUCGAAAGAAUAAUAUUGACAAUAUAUAGUUGAGUACGAUAUUUGAAAUUAUUGAAUUGACAUCAUUUUC